UUUGAUGCAAGAGCAGUAGCAGAGACUCAUAGCAAUACUUGUGUCGAAAUGACUGCAAAGAUGUUGAUCGCGGCAAUUUGCAUGGUGGCGCUGCUUAGUACAAACGACGUGCUUGCACAGGGGAAGGGAAAGAGAAACAAGAAAGUGAAAUGUAAUGAGUACGGGUACAGGAAGAGCUGCUAUGGAUACGAGCAAUACUGUCCGGACGAGUGUGCGUAUGGGUGCGUGAUGGACUGCAAAAGUUGCAAGGCUGUUUGCCCGUGCAAUAAGCCCGGAGGCGUGUGCCAGGAUCCUCGAUUCAUAGGAGGAGAUGGCAUCAUGUUCUAUUUCCACGGUAAGAAAGACCAGAACUUCUGUUUGGUGUCGGACUCAGAUCUGCACAUCAAUGCUCACUUCAUCGGCAAGAGAGGUGAGGGAAUGGGAAGAGACUUCACGUGGGUGCAGUCCAUUGGAGUGCUCUUCGGCGGCAACCACCAGCUGUUCCUGGGAGCCAACAAGGUGCCCUUCUGGGACGAUUCCCUUGACCAACUGGCCAUUGCUUUGGACGGCAAAACGAUCCAACUUCCUAACCAGGAGGGUGCCACGCUUUCCCUCUCUCCCUUCAAUAUGACAAUCGUUCGAUCUGACACCGCUAAUGCUGUGACGGUUGAAGUGGAGAACAAGUUUAUGAUUACAGCUCGCGUUGUGCCCAUCACUCCCGAGGAGUCUCGAGUCCACAACUACGGAAUCACCUCCGAGUCCGACCACUCCUUUGCCCAUCUGGAGCUGAGCUUCAAGUUCUACUCUCUCAGCCCCCGUGUAACCGGCGUGCUUGGGCAGACAUACGGAGCAGAGUACAGGAGCCCCAUUAACUUGGGCGCCGCCAUGCCCGUGGUGGGAGGUGAGGCCGAUUAUGUGACCACCAAUCUCUUUGCCACUGACUGCAAAGUUGCCCGAUUCGGCUCACCCAACAACGACAUCAACACCAACGAUUUCUCCAUCCUCGACCUCAACUUUGCAGGGAGACCCGGUGGCCGCGGCAUGGUUUGCCGGAGAUAGAGAUCUGCACUAACAAACAAUAAUACAUCGCCACCACAGCCACUGCCACCAAUAUUUAUGUUUAUGUUUAUGCUCUGUGCAUGCUUAAUUUCGUUUUCUAUGUAUUACGGCCAAUGGCCACCAAAUAAUUCCCACUGCCAUUUUCAACUUCUAAUUAAAUCCAUGUCUUUGCGUCGCA